AUGAAUGUCCAAUGCAUGGUCUCAACAGGUGGAACAAGCCUUCGAGCGGACAUCAUGCGGCUGUACAACAAGGUCCACAUUAUAGUGGCCACGCCUGGCCGCGUGCUUGACCUUGCCAACAGGAAUGUUUGCAACCUGAAGCAGUGUCACAUGGUUGCCAUGGAUGAAGCUGACAAGCUCCCGUGCCCCGAAAUCCAGCCGAUCAUAGAGGACCUCAUCAAGUUCCUGACCCCAGACAGACAGAUCCUGAUGUAUUCUGCAGCUUUUCCAACCACAAUCUUGGACUUCAAAAACCGGUUUAUGGCUGACGCGCACGAGAUCAACUUGAUCAAAGAGCUCACCCGGUGUCUCGCAGUUCUACGCCUUCGUGGAGCCGCAGAAGGUUCACUGCCUCAACACUUUGUUCUCCAAGUUGCAGAUCAAUCAUGCUAUCAUUUUCUGCAACUCCGUGACCCGUGUGUAGCUCUUGGCAAAGAAGAUCACAGAGCUUGGGUACUCAUGCUUCUUCAUUCACUCUUGCAUGAAACAAUCCCACAGAAAUCGUGUCUUUCACGACUUUAG